AUGUCUAAGGAAAUUGGUGCUCUUGAUAAGAAUGACACGCUAUCUAUUAUUGAUCUGCCGCCAUGGAAGAAAGCUAUUGGUUGUAAAUGGGUUUACAAAAUUAAAUAUAAUUCUGAUGGUCUGUUUUUAUCUCAACGGAAAUACACCUUGGAUAUUCUGUCUGAGAAUGGACUUCUUGGAGCCAAACUAGCUUCUUCACCCAUUGAUCAACAUCAUCGUCUAGCUCUAGAUGAUGGACCUUUCUAUUCUGACUCAUCUCAGUAUCGUCGGCUUAUUGGACGUUUGAUUUAUUUGACCAUUACACGUCCUGAAUUGUGUUACUCAGUGCAUGUGUUGGCUCAAUUUAUGCAGUCUCCUCGGGUAUCUCAUUGGGAAGCUGCUCUUCGAGUUCUUCGUUAUCUAAAGGGCCAUCCGGGUCAAGGGAUUGUUUUACGCAAGGAUAGUGCUCUCCAACUUACUGCUUAUUGUGAUUCUGAUUGGGCCUCCUGCCCACUUAGUCGUCGUUCGCUUACUGACAUUUUCACCAAAGCUCUGAGUCGUCCUCAGUUUGAGCUACUUCUUCGCAAGUUGGGCAUUCGCGAUCUCCAUGCUCCAACUUGA